AUGAAUGCCGCCGGGUCAAACGUCAGCAAAGAGUUUUUCCACCUGAUCAAGGCCAUUGGAGAGGCCAGAUCAAAACAGGAGGAAGACCGCAUUGUCGCCAACGAAAUCGCCACUUUGAAGGUGAAGCUUAAUGAGCCGAACAUCUCCCCGCAAAAGAUGCAGGAGUUGUUGAUUCGGAGUUUGUACGUGGAACUUCUCGGCCACGACGCCUCGUUCGCCCACUUCCACGCGGUGAAGAUGACAAACCAAACCAACAACAUCAAAGCCAAGAGGCUCGGCUACUUGGCCUGCAAUCUCUUCCUCAGCGAGGACAACGAACUGAUGCUUCUCCUCAUCAACACGAUUCAAAAGGAUCUCGCUUCCCCAAACAUCUUGAAUGUGCAGUCGGCGCUUCACUGCGUGGCUCGUCUGCUGACGGCCGAGAUGCUCCCUGCGCUGUUGCCUUCGCUCUCGUCGCUCCUGCAACAUCCGCAUGCAGCAGUCCGGAAGAAGGCGGUGAUGGCAGUCCACAAAGUCCUCGACUUGAAAGAGCGCCAACAAGAGCGUCGCGCGAAGCUCGCAGCGUCGCUGAAGCCUGCGCGCGCCGCCCUCGAGGACGACGACUUUGACUCCGAGGUCAUGGAGGGUCUGAGAGAGAAGAUGAGGCGAGCGCUGUGCGACGCAGAUCCCUCCGUGAUGGCUGUCUCUCUCCACGUCAUUCACCGCCUCGCAGCGAAGAACGUCGCGGCCUGGCGCGAUCUGGUGUCUUCGCUCGUCUCCAUCUUGAAGCAAAUCAUCGACCGAAAACUGCCCAAAGACUACGAGUACCACCGAGUCCCUGCCCCGUGGAUUCAGAUCAAGAUUCUCUCUCUCCUGUCGACGCUGGCGGCGGGAGACCAGCGGGCCUCUGAAGAGGUCUACGAGCUACUGCAAGAGGUGAUGCGACGCGCGGACGCAGCGGGGGUGAAUGUCGCCUACGCCGUCAUCUACGAGUGCGUCCGAACGAUAGCUGCUCUGUAUCCUUACCCGAAACUCCUCGAUGUCGCCGGUUGCAGCAUCAGCCGCUUCAUUUCCGCGGAGAACAACAAUCUGCGCUACGUCGGGGUCACUGGCCUGGCUGCGGUCGUGCAAGUUUCUCCCGCCUACGCGACGCAGCACCAGCUGGUUGUUGUCGAUUGCCUCGAAGACAGCGACGACACGUUGAAGAGGAAGACUCUCGACUUGCUCGUGAAAAUCACAAAUCCCGUAAACGUCGCCGUCAUUGUGGAGAAGCUGCUGGGACACUUGCGCGCGACUGUCGACGCACAUCUUCGCGCAAACCUCGUCCAGAAAAUCAUCAUGCUCGCUGAGAGAUAUUCGCCGGAUCCGCGUUGGUUUUUGGAGACGAUUUUGUGCGUCUUGGAGGUCAGCGGUCCGUCUCUGCCGCUCGCGUCUUCGGGCGCGAACUCGGGAGCGCUGCGGGGCCUCGCGGGUGUCUCGACAGCUGGCAACCUGGCCGCAGGCCUGUGCUACUCGACGGCCUACUCCCUGCUGCAGCUCGUGGCGGAAGGCCCGACGGAGAACGAGGAAACAGACCGCGAAUUCCGCGAAUACGCCGUCAACGACAUGGUUGCGCUGCUGGAGCGGAAGAAGCUGGUGAUCCCCGAUGUGCUGAUGCAGGUUGUCAGCUGGGUGCUCGGCGAGUUCGGCGGCUACUGCCAUGCAGGGGAAUCUGUCAUCGAUCUUCUCGCGUCGUGCCUCGAGAGGACGUAUGAAGACCCGACGACGCAGGCGUGGAUCCUUUCAGCCAUUCUGAAGCUGUGCGUGUUCUACGGGCGGUGCGCGUUGGGCUCCGGAGCGGCGGUGGACGCGCGAAGUUCGACUGAGCAGGGACGGUCGAAGGCUCGCGGCCUGCCUGCGGGGCUCCUCCAUCUCCUUCAGAAGCAACAGAGACAGCUCGCCACGCCGCCGGAGGUACAAGAGCGCUGUUUUCGCGGCCUCCUCCUCCUCCAGCUGGUCCCCUGGCAGGUGCUCAGAGACGUCUUCCCCUUCGAUGCCUCCACAGAAGAUGUGCAAGUCGACCGGAACUUGCCAUUCCUGAACGAGCCGGUCGCGCCCUCAUUGAACUUCGCGCCUUACGCGCCGCCGCGGGCGCCGUCGACCGCAGUCGUUGGAGCCCACGCGCGCGGCGCUGCGGAGCGCGUUUCACCGUCGACGGGACUGAACGGCGCGGGGACAGCUGCGGGACGAGGGCCGGACGAGGCCGCAGAGGAAAAAGGCGGGUUCCAGGUCCAAGUGGGCGUGGAAGCUGGAGGCCGAGCCUUUGUCCCCGCUGCGACGCCGCAGGCGCGGCCGAUGACGGCAAGAGAGUUGACGGCGGCGGCUCUCUUCAGCGGCACGACUUCUGUUCCAGUGUCGGGCGUCUCGAGCUCGCGCGGGCUCCCGCUGGGCAACAACCCGCGUUCGUCUUCUUCCGCUGUGUCUUCUGUCGGGUCGCUCAGCGGACUCAGCAAGGUUGGCGACCGCAGAGGCGAGGAGGAAGAAUGGAGGCGCAUGCACGCGACUUGGGGGACGAGCGGAGGCCGAGGCGACACAGAAGAGCGAGUCGGCGCUGGACAGCGCGGGGCUUCCGCGGCAGAUGUAUCGGACGCUUCAGUUGACUUGUUGGGGCUGGGAUCUCCAAGGAGAGCAUCUGAGGCGCCGAAUGGAGACGGGGGGGACGCGGCGAGGCUGGGAGGCGCGAGAAAGGGCGAGAAGCGAGAGAGUCCGUCGCUCAUCGAUGUUUUGUCGAUCGACUUUCACGCACAAGACGGCGCGGCGGGCGCGAGCAAUGGAGAGCGCGGAGGCGACAAAGUCCAGAGAACCGUUGCGAGUCUUCUUCCCCUGCAAACAUCCACUGCAGAGGUGGGGGAGCGCUGGGCGUCGUUGCCGGGCGAGGCCUCGCUGAGUGUCCCCUGUGUCUCCGCCUCUGGUGUCACGCGCUCUUGCCAGGAGUUUCUCACCAACGUCCUUCAGCAAGCAAUUCCGUUGCAUGUCGUUGAAGUCAUCGGCGACGAAGCCAUAACAGCGGCACGGACACCCCUCGGAGGAGACGGUGUGGUGUAUGUACACCUCAAGGUCAAGGACCAGGUAGCGUCAUUCAUUAUCAAGGCCUCGACUCCACAGUAA